CGAGUGGCAGCAGCAGCAGCAUCUCUCGAUCGGCUUCUUCCGCACUUCGCAUCUCCCAUAGCCCUCCCUCCUCCCGGACUUGCUCCCCCAGCUUCUCCCUCUGCCUGCCUCGCAUGAUCUUGCCCUUCGUGUAACCUCUGCUGGUCGUCGCUGCGUCUGAUAAGCUGUUCGCAGUGUGGGCACCCUUCCCACCUCCCCAUCUCGUCUCGUCCUCCCAGCUUGCUUCCACUGUCCGCUUCUUCCUGCCCUCGAUCUUACUUACAGCAGGUUUUCAACUUGUCGCUACCACUGUUUCAACUGUCUUGCACUGAUCGAGAUUGAGUUGCGGUUGCGGUGGAGAUGUCGGUCUUUUGGUGGGAUAACGUCGUCGUGUGAUAAUUGAGAAGGUCAACAUGCUCGGAACGGUGCUGUGAUCUUGACUGGGUGGCACUGCCAGCAGCAGUUGUGUGUGCGACGUUUGGUUGACUGCAUUUUGCACCCGCGUCGCAGUUUACGUGUGUUCACCGUAUAUCUGGUCAAUUCUUGAUCAUGGAGACGUCGGCGGUUGAAUUGCAAAUGUCUACAGACGCAGUCCAUCAGAGAGAAACUGGAGAAAGACCUCCAUUAGAACAAACUGCGCAAGAUGAAGAGAUCAGUCGGGAGGCCUUGCACGCGGAUGAGGCUGCCUAUCGAGAGAAGGAAGGUCCCUUUCGACGGUUGUCGCGGAAGCUCACGCGGCCCGAUUCCCUUGACGUGGAGUCCAUGCGAGUGAAAGAAAUGGACCAUGCUGCACCUGUAGCAUCGUUUUCGUUCAUUCUGAAGCUGGCGUAUCAGAGCAUCGGGGUGGUGUAUGGUGAUCUGGGUACGUCCCCGCUCUACGUGUACAGUAGCACUUUCACAAGCGGCAUCAAAACGAACGACGACAUUCUGGGCGUUCUCUGUCUCAUCAUCUACACCAUCAUUGCCACUCCGCUCGUCAAGUACAUCUUUAUCGUCCUUCGGGCAAACGACAAUGGCGAAGGGGGUACAUUUGCGUUGUAUUCAUUGAUUUGUCGACACGUUAAGCUGAGCGGGGCUCACGCGCAGCAGCCCACAGACUUGAACAUUUCAAGCUACAAGCUGGAGACACCGUCCACGAAGAUGGCUAGGGCGACGCGCAUUAAGGAGGCGCUUGAGAAAAGCAGAGCUUGGCAGAAUGUCCUGCUUCUGAUUGUUCUGUUAGGGCCUUGCUUGGUCAUCGGCGAUGGGUCCCUAACGCCCGCCAUCUCAGUUCUAUCGGCCAUUCAGGGUAUCAGCGUGAACGUUAGUGGCCUUUCUCCCAAUGUGUCGGUGAUUAUCACGGUCGUUGUAUUGGCAGCCCUCUUCAGCCUUCAGCGAUUUGGCACUCACAGGGUGGCUUUCUUGUUCGGACCAGCGAUGUUGGCUUGGUUCUUCUCCAUCGGCAUCAUAGGGCUGUACAACAUUUUCAGAUGGGAUCCUUCGGUGUUCAAGGCUCUCAAUCCUUGGUAUGGACUUAAUUACUUCAUCAGAAACAAAGUAGACGCUUGGGCUUCCCUCGGAGGUAUCGUUCUCUGCAUUACAGGAAGCGAGGCGAUGUUUGCAGAUUUGGGCCAUUUUACUGUCAAGUCAAUGCAGGUUGCCUUCACAUUCUUGGUGUUCCCGUCUCUCCUAUGUGCAUACAUCGGCCAGGCUUCAUUUCUUAUGAAGAAUCAGCUUGAUGACGAUGUGGCCUACACAUUCUACCGCUCCGUUCCAAAGCCUAUUUACUGGCCCAUGUUCGGGGUCGCUACAUGCGCGGCGAUCAUCGCCAGUCAAGCUAUGAUUUCAGCGACAUACUCGAUGAUCAGAAAUGCCAUGUCCCUGGGUUGCUUCCCGCGUGUCACCAUAGUUCACACCUCUAAGAAGGUGCACGGCCAGAUUUACAUUCCGGAGAUCAAUUGGAUCAUCAUGGUGUUGAGUAUCACCAUCGUCGGAGGGUUCCGCAGCACCACUCAAAUCGGCCACGCCUACGGGAUUGCGGUAGUGGGGGUGUUUUUCAUCUCCACGUGCCUCCUCACGCUCAUCAUGCUCAUGAUCUGGCAGACAAAUAUUUUCCUGUGCGCCUUGUUCUUUACCGUCUUCUUUAUCAUCGAGGGAAUUUAUUUCUCAGCGGUGCUCUCCAAGGUGACGCAGGGCGGAUGGGUUCCCCUCGUUAUCGCCGCAUGCUUCCUCACGAUCAUGUACUCGUGGAACUUCGGCACCAGGAUGAAACGCUUGUAUGAGGUCUCUCAUAAGAUUUCCUUGGACUGGGUUCUGUCUCUUGGCCAUAGCCUAGGAAUCUCUCGAGUUCCGGGAGUCGGGCUCGUAUACACUGAGCUUCCGCAGGGAGUUCCAGCAAUAUUUCGCCACUUCAUCUCGAAUCUCCCUGCUAUCCACUCCACUCUAGUGUUCGUCUGCAUCCGCCACAUCUCUGUCAGCACCGUCCCCGAAGAUGAGCGAAUCCUUAUCCGCAGGCUCGGUCCCAGAAACUACCGCAUGUUCCGUUGUGCAGUUCGCUACGGCUACACAGAUCAUGUGGAUGGGGCUGAAUCAGACGGCCAGACCUUUGAAAACAUGCUCCUUGCGAGCCUGGAAAGGUUCAUCAGAACGGAAGCGGCGGAAGUCACUCCUGAAUCAGGGCUGGCCUCCUCCCAUGCCGCCUCUCCUAGCCAUCACAAAUUAGAUAGGCCCUGCGAGUCGUCGGUUUCGAACGACUCCUGUGGGUCAGACAUCGGCGCAAAGACUGUGGAUGAGCUGGAAGCCGAUCAAGAAGCUUACACCAACGAGGAAGUUCUGUUCUUGCAGAAGGCCAGAGAAGCAGGCGUCGUGUACGUGCUUGGCGACAGUGACAUCCACGCCAAGAGCGACUCGUGGUUUCCUAAACGCAUCAUCAUCAAUAAGAUUUACAAGUUUUUGCGACGGAACUGCCGCAACAACACGCUGUACUUAAGCAUCCCUAAAGACAGGUUGCUGAAGGUGGGCAUGGAGUAUUACGUCUGAGAGUUCCAAUCCCGUUCCAACGGCAUAAUUGUUCUUUUGACGACGAACAAUUCUUGGAUUCGUUGAGAGGACUCGAUCGACCGAAGCAUACAGUCAAUCCAUCCCACGCAUCAUUUGAAGUAGCACAAGUUAGCAACUGUCCAAGGAACGGUCGGUCCCGAGUGAUCCUUUCUGAAUAUUCUCAACAGCUAAGCAGCAGCUGUAGUCGACGGCUGGGAGAUUGCGUGAAAUUCCUGCAACUAGGUCGACGACCAUGUACCCAGAGAGUGAAAAUAAUGAUCUCAAAGCGUUGUCAACUCCACCGGGGAGAAUAGAGCUAGGGUAAACCUGUUGCAACUCUUGAACAAAGCCUUCGUUGCAUUGUCAUCUGCAAUCAGGAUCACUUGCAAGGGGAGGGAACUAGUUAGUGUUUCAGAAGUAGCUGCGAACCCCAUUCAAUGUCAGAUUACUUCUGAGCAUCUGGUCUACAUGUGACAUGUAUGGGAAUUGUUCGUGGGUGUAAUUAAGAAAUUGAAGGUAUGUUAAGAUAGUAUUGGCAGCUUCUUCUCUCUGUACAUUAUAUACCAUUGGGGAUUGUGGAGCUGUUUGUGUUUUAUGCA